AUGGUACACGAGGCACCACCAAUGACAGUUAGACCAGAUGGAUCAAGGAUCAUGAUUGCUACACAGGAGGAGAUGGAGAUCAACAACAUCCCAUUGAACUUUAGAGAUUACUGUGCACAUCUGCUUAUACCUUUGAACAAGUGUAGAGUCAAGGAAUACUAUCUGCCAUGGCAAUGUGGUGAUGAGAGACAUGCUUAUGAGAAGUGUCAAUAUGAUGAAUAUUUAUUAAGAAUGAAUAAGAAACAGAUAUUGGAUCAUGAGAAGGAACAGAAGAAGAAGGCUGCUGCUGCUGCUGCUCAAAAGCCAGAAUCAACUGAUCAAUAC